AGAACUGUAUAAAAGGGUGGCUGGCUUGAUAGAGAAAGACGCCACCACUCACUCUUCUUGCUAAAAGAUAGGACAUACACUGCCAGUUCCUUUUGCUUCCGCGGCAUAUACUGAAUGAAGUCUAACAACAAGCCAGCACAAAGCAGUGAUGUUUCUUACGUGUCGAGCAUACUGGCCUGCCGCAUUCUCAGGGCAAUGCAGCCGACGAGGAGUUUGCUUCGCUGGAGCGAUGAUCUCCAUAAGAUCUUCGUGGAAGCUGUAGCGCAUCAAGGAGGUCCUUAUGAGGCAAAGCCAACUACGGUGAAGCAGGCAAUGGAAGCUAUGGGAGUCAAAGGCCUCACAGUCCAGAACAUAAAAAGCCACCUCCAAAGAUACAGGGAGAAGUGUGAUUUAGGAGGUCAACCUCGUCAGGAUGUUCUAGGUGCUGCAUCACCGAUCAUGGCAGGACAUAAUAUGACAUCUGAGAGUGAGAUGGUGAUGGACAAUGGCGCAGCUAUGCGUAUGGCUGAAAUGGAGAUGGUGAACUAUUUUCUUAUGGAUGACAGGGAGGUACAGUUUUCUCUGCAUACCUGCAAAUGCACUUGAUCUAUAUGUGAAGG